GCUAGAGAACCGGAAGUAAACGUGCGCGAAGUGAUUAUAAAGUUUUUACCAAUGUUUUGACUGAGAAAGUUUUAAAAAUACUUAUUUUGUAGAUUUUAAGAUGUAUUCAAUAUGUUUGUUACUACUAGUACUUGUCGCACAAGACUGCUCGAGCCAAGAUGAUGUGGGACCUUACAGAGGAAAGUUUAUAGGAAAACUAAAUUCUUAUCAUCACCAGGUAUCAGGUGAUGUGUACGCAGUUGAUGAUUGGACAAUAUUACUUGUGGAUUUUAAUUAUGAUGGUACGGGGGAUGACACGUUUUUCUGGGCAGGAGACUCGGGUAGGCCGGGACCUCUUGGUUUCAUUGUGGCUGACCAGCAUGGCAAUACAAAUAUUCUUGAACGCUACAACAAUGAAGAGGUUCAUCUAAAGUUACCCGACGGUAAGCGUGUAUCGCGCAUAACUUGGUUUGCAGUGUAUGACUUGGCCUCUCAGAAUGCCUUUGGGGAUGUAUACAUACCAGAAGAGUUCGAGGCGCCGGCGCCAAGGACCCUGACGCCAUUCGUAGCUGCUCCAGGCGUCAAAUUAUCUAGUCAGCCUCUCAAAUUUAUGGAUGCUUCUACAUUCAUUAUCCCCGAGUUUCACUACGACGGCAGCGGGGAGGAGGUUUACUUCUGGACGGGUGUCGGUCCGCAGCCUUCGUCUCGAGGAAACAAGAUACCCGACGAGGACGGAUACCUGGAGCCGCUGCGCGCGUACGCCGGCGAGGACGUGAGCCUGUCGCUGCCGGGCGGGCGCACGGUGUUCGACGUGGACUGGAUCGCGCUGUACGACGUGCGCGCGCGCGCCGCGCUGGCGUCCGUGCUCGUGCCCGACGCGCUCAACGUGCCGCCCGCGCACGUGCGCACGCACCCGCACUCCUCCGCGCUGCCGCACUGCCACCAGCUGCACAGGGACUACCAGGUCUCGUGGGAAGUCUUCGGCAAUCAGAUCACGAUACAACUGGCCGCGCUGCUGGACGAGGACGAGUACAUGGCGUUCGGCAUCUCCGGCUCGUCGACGCGCUCGCAGAUGUUGGGCGCGGACGUGGGCGUGGCCUGGUUCGACGCGCGACUGCAGCGCGGGCUCGCCACCGACUACAACAUCACCGCGCUGGCGCCCUGCGUGCAGGUGCUGGGCCAGUGGCGCGGCGUGUGUCGCGAUGACCGCGUGGGCGGCCUGGACUCUCACCAGGUCAUCAGCGCCAGCCGCGACCAGGGUCUCACCGUCGUCAGGUACCGUCGCGGCCUGCAGCCAGGGGAGGAGCUGGACCGCGAAUGGCCCCUCGACCGCUCCGUGUUCGUCGUGUGGGCCAUCGGCGGCCUGGACCACGCGCAGGAACCCGCCUUCCACCGCCUGUGGCCCGCCAGCGACAUCCAGCUCGUGCUGAAUCAGAAGGACCCCGCCAACGACUGCUUCGACUUCACCGUGGGGGCGCGCGCGCGGGCGGCGGGCUGGGAGCGCGCCGAGCUGUUCGACCCGGCGCUGCGCGUGUUCCGCGCCACGCUGGGCCCGGCGGGCGGCGCGCGCGGGCUGGCGGCGCGCGGCGCGGGCGCGGCGCCGGCGCGCGCCUGGUACGUCAACGGCCAGCUGGCACCCGACCUGCAGCUGCGGCGGGGCCUCGUCUACACCUUCCUGGUGAGCGGCGGUGACGACCCGCACUCGGCGGAGCUGUACCACCCGCUGGUGAUCACGGCGGAGCGGCACGGCGGCCUGGAGCGCCUCGACGACGCCACGCAGCGCGGCGUGCGCGUGCUCGCCGGCGCCCGCCACACGCGGCGCGGCAGACUCAGCCCCACGGCGGCGGGCGCGCUGUGCGUGGGCGAGCGGGCGGCGGGCACGGACGCGCGCCGCGACGCGUUCGACACGUUCCGCGCCUUCAACCGCUCGCUGCGCUGGCAGUGCUCGGGCCGCGCCGCCCCGCUGACGGUGACGCCCAACUCCUCGUGGCCCGACCGCGUCUACUACCACUCCUUCACGCACGCCGACAUGGGCGGCCGUAUCUUCGUGGUGGACCGUCACCGCCGUAACAUUGCGCGAACCUCGGCUGCCGUUAUCUCCGUCCCGCUCCCGUUCGUGGUCGUCACUAUCGCCGUUUCGCUCGCACUUGCGCGCCGACCCGACGUCACGCGGAUUUUUUGAUACUUUGAUAACAACUCGAAAAUAUGUCGAUUAAAUAUAAUUUGCGCUUCCGCUUCUCUUGUGCGAAAGACGGACAGUUUUGUCGGCAUUUCGCAAAGGUUUUACACGUUACAAUUUACAAUUCUUCACAGGGUUCUCACUUGGGGCCGAGAAUGACUCUCGACGUGAGUAUUUAAACAUUGACACGGUUUUCGUUAUUUAUUUUUAAUGUAGGGAACUUAUAUACCUAUAAGAAUUUGCUCAACACUGCCCAAGCCGUCCAGACGUGAACAAACCCACGCCCGCAAUACUCGUAGAUAUAGAAGCGUCGUUAAUAGAGAUCUCUAUGUAUACAUUUGUAACUAUUUUGUAAAUAAAAUACUACAAUUACU